GGCGCAAGGGAGGCGGGCUAUUUGUUGGAAUACAGAAUUAAAGGCAGAGUGAAUUCUCUAACGUUUACUCUGAACGCUUCCGUUUUGGACACUCCCUGUUUACAGCUGGAUAUUUCCACGUUUUUGUGAUAUUUCUGGAUUAUAUCUCGAUAUGUUUCCGACUUGAUCGUGUUCGUGAACCGCACGAGGCUCGAAGCUAAACCUAGCAAUCUGUCCUUUUGCACUUUAUUGGCGUGGCUUAGCUUGUUAGCAUCGUCGGAGGUUUAAAUGUCAAGAGACGCGCUUCGUCCCGCUGUUUAUUUCUCUUCUUUUUAAAUAUUGAAUAAAUAUCGCUUUUACCCAUUAUUAUUAUUAUUAUUAUUAUUAUUAUUAUUAUUAUUAUUAUACAACAGUGAUUAUCAGAAUACUCAUUAACUUACUGCUGUUUGUUUUUCCUUUUCUCCUCCUUAUUAUUAUUGUUGUUAUUAUUAUUUCGCACAGGACAUAAAUAUAUAAAUAGCUGAUGACCAACUAACUCUACUUGAAUAUUUUUUCCCUGCUUAUUUACAUUCAUAUCAGUGUAAAUUCGCAUGCAUUCAUUAUUUUCCGUCAUUAAGACCUUCUUGGAGGAUAUAUUUCAUCAGGAAAUCGAUGCACUUGUUUAUUUUUGCUGCUGUUAUUAAGUGUUAUUUCUCAUUAAGACCUCUUACAAAGUGAAGCUGCUUUUUUUAAAUGUCAUUUUUUAAACAACAGAAUUCUCUGAAUUUUCAAUUCAGUCGCCUACUUUUCUGAACCGCUCGGAAUCUCAUGUUAAGCAAUUUUAAACGACAAACGAAUAAGUAAAUAAAUAAAAAAAUCGCUUUCCUUCCUGCACCGUUUCCUCGUGACGCCGCUGCGCACGUGCUGUAAAAAAGUGCUGCCCAAUCAGAGUGGCCUGGGAGCCCAGCAUGAGAAUUUGCUCUUGGGCGACCCAACCACCCCCUGCAGCAGCUGUACCAAUUGAAAUCAAGUGAUUAUUGAUGAAAAGGACACUAAAACUUGGACUUCCAGAUCCUCAGAGUCAUUAGAAUGUGUCUUGGAUGCUGACAGGUCAGCAGUCGUGAAUAGCAGCAUGAGUAUGGCUACAGGAGCUAGCCAACACAGCCACUACCCAAUCAGCAAAGCCAGUGUUAAUCACUCCUCAAGUAUGUUCUCUAGUCAGGGUGGCCCCAACAGGGGUUGGGCCUCUGAGGGCAAAUCCGAUUUGUCCAUGGGUACCAGAGGUCAGUCCAAUUGGGGUUCUUCAAAUAUAAACUUGAACCCCAGCGCUAACCCUGCCGCGUGGCCCAUACUUGGACAUGAUGGCCCAGGGGUGGGGACCAGGACUGGUGGUAUGGGUGGGUCAAGUUCAGUCCCAUCCAAUGUCUGUGGCCCAGGAGGUGUCGCACCUAUUCAAGGCACCAAUGGAAAUGGAAACCUUGUAGGAGACUGUGCCUGGGGAAACCCGGACACCCCAGAGCAGCACCAGUCCCCAACAAGCAUGACUUUCAGCAUGGAGCCCCCGAACCUUAAAACUGAUGGACUGAAUACUAAAGCAGAGCCAAUGAGCCCUGUGGAUGGUUGGGGGAGAAAUAUGAGUCAGUCUCCCACUGAGCCAGCCACUGGAGAUGGUAAUCCUCGGUGGGGUAAUGGAGACACCAAGAGUGGAGAAUCAAAAGACUCAGGAUGGGAUUCUGGUGGCAUCUCCUCUUGGGGACAGGGGGGAGGAGAUGCAAACUGGGGUCAAUGGAGCAAACAGUCAAGCACUGAAGGUACCGGGUGGGAUGCAAGUGAUGGUCCCACUCAGGAGUCAAUGAAUUCCUGGGGGACUGACGCUCCAGGCAGCGAAGGUAGCAAGGACAGCAGCGAAGGACGUGAAGCACGCAGAGAAAGGUCCUCCAGUAUGGAUGUUCCACUUCUGCCAAGGCAGGACCUAGAUCCUCGUGUGCUGUGCAACUCCGGCUGGGGUCAAACCCCUGUCCGGCAGCACACAGUCUGGGAAAUGGAUGAAAAUCUUGGCCCCAAGGAUGACUGUGGCACUGAAGUUCGGGGUACUUCCUCUAAUGCACCUUCAACUGGAUCACCACCUCAUGCAGGAUGUGUCAAUCCCAAUCUUAAUGUGCCUCCUAGGAUGGACUCUGGGAACAAGACUGAGGGGCUUUCUCGAGUUAUACCAACACCACGCUGGGGAGGACCGUCCUCACCAACAAAUCAGGCAGGCACUGGGUGGGGAGAGCCACCUGCUAAUAAGAAAGUGUCUAAUGGCUCUAUUGGUAGUUGGGGUGAGCCAAUGCCAGAUGGUCCCAGCACAAAUGGUUCUAGUGGCCAGUUUUGGGGAUCAGAGGACAAGUCUUCAACCUGGAAUGAUGGUCCUUCCAAAGUAAAGUCACAAUCUGGUGGAAAUGGGCCUAGUUCUUCUUCAGGCUGGGGAAAUUGUGCAAGUGGAGAUUGGACAGAGCCUUCAGAAGGGAGAAUGGAAGGUUCUCGUAGUUCCUCUUGGAAUGGAGAUGGAGGGAGCUGGAAGGAAACCCAGAAGCCCUGGGGGAAAGCGGCUCCACCAGCAGGUGAAAAUUGGCGUGACUCCCAACGCUCAAAUGGUCCUGUACAGGGUUGGGCUGGAAAGAAUCCUCAAGAAUCCAUGGGGUCUUGGGUCGGCCCAAAUUCUGUGAAGCAGAGUGGUUCUACCUGGAGGUCUACAGGAAGGCAGGAUCCAGGGGACGAGGCUACAGGCUGGGAAGAGCCUUCCCCUUCCUCAAUCCGAAGGAAAAUGGAGAUUGAUGAUGGAACCGCCACUUGGGGAGAUCCUAAUUCUUACAGAACCUGCGUAAACAUGUGGGACAGAAAUAACCCCUCCUCCCAGGGCAACCCAGCUACCAGCAACAAUGGGGGCAACAGCAUCAACCAUACAGGGCCUAACCACCAUAGCCACAGUCAGACUCCGAACCACUCUGACGGCAACAACAAUGGUUCUUCUAACCAGCUAGGACCUCUUCAAAAUAGGAUGCCCAAGGUGAACCCAGGUCGUGGAGAGCUCCCCAAUGUUCAGCCCAAAUCUGAGGCGUGGGUGGAGCCGGAUUCUUCUAGCCCCACGUUGGAUAACGGCACUGCUGCCUGGGGGAAGUCACACAAAGCCUCCGGAGUCUGGGGAGAAAACAGCCACGAAUCCAAUGGAUCCUUCGGCAGAGGCUCAGGAACUUCCAAACCAGCCCCCAAAUCUAUGCAAGACAGCUGGGGGUCCGGUGGGGAGGAGAUUGGCGCUAGCGGCAGCCAAUGGGAGGCUGAGGAUGGGGACAUGUGGACUAGCCCCACCUCCCAAGACAACACUUCUUCCUGUAGUUCCUGGAAUCAGCCCAAGAAGGGACUACAGAAGGGGAAAAUCCCGACCAAACAGGAUGAAGUUUGGAUCAUGAACCGACUGAUCAAACAGCUCACGGACAUGGGCUUCCCUAGGGAUCCUGCAGAGGAGGCACUGAGAAGUAACAACAUGAAUCUGGACCAGGCUAUGAGCGCUCUGCUGGAGAAAAAGAGCGAUGGAGAAAAGCGAGGGAUGAGGACGCUGUUGUGUCGCCCGCCGAACCUCUCAAAAGACUCGCCUCUAGACCGAACCGCCUUCCUGGACAAGGACGGCGGAUUAGCGGAUGACACUCCCACAUCACCCUUUAUUCAUUCUCCUGGCCUCAAACUGACCAAUAGCAGCCUUCCUAGCCACAGCAUGGGCGGAGUCUCACCAGGACUAAUGCAAAACUUGAACAGCAGACAGAUGAAUGGAAUGUUUGGCAGUAAUGGAGCAGCACAAUCCAGGGCUCCACCCCCUCAAGCACUAAACUCCACCCAUCAUCCCCCACUACGUGCUCAAGUGCCUCAGUUUCUCUCCCCUCAGGUUCAAGCACAGCUCUUGCAGUUUGCAGCAAAAAACAUUGGCCUGAAUCCUGCACUUUUAACCUCGCCGAUAAAUCCUCAACAGAUGACCCUGCUUUACCAACUCCAACAACUGCAGAUGGCAUAUCAGCGUUUGCAGAUUCAGCAGCAGAUGAUGCAAGCUCAGCGAAAUGUUUCUGGUCCCAUUAGACAACAGGAGCAGCAACAGGUUGCACGUACAAUCUCAAACAUGCAGCAGCAGAUUCAGCAGCACCAGAGGCAGUUAGCUCAGGCCUUACUGAUGAAGCAGCAGCACCACCAGGCCUCGUCCUCUCAAUCUUACCCCAGCCUCGGCAAGCCAAACCUGGACACCUUCCCAGGAAACUCCCAGGCUUCUACAGGCCUCUCCAUGUCAGACCUGCACACCAAAGACCCACACACGUCUCCCAGCUCCUUCAGCCCGUAUUCUCUGUCUGGAUUGAAUGGGAGUGUGGGUGUGGGUGUGGGCUGCAUGGACGCUCUGAAGGACACUCAGCCACAGCCUCAGUCUCGAUUAUCCCAGUGGACUCACACCAGCUCCAUCGACUCCAUCAGCACCACCACCAGCCCCAGUGCUCCGUCCUCGAGCCACACUGCCAACAUUAAACCCGUGAUUGAGGAUUCUUUCAGUCCUUAUAACCUGAUGUCCAGCUGCCAAUCUCCCAGCAGCCCCUUGGGGGCACCAGAGAGCUGGCCACCGGCCAAAAACACUAACGACAAAAUGGCCAACGGGACAAACGUCAACUGGCCUCCAGAGUUUUGUCCAGGAGUUCCCUGGAAAGGUCUGCAGAAUAUCGACCCCGAGUCCGACCCCAACGUGACCCCAGGAAGUGUUUCAGGCUGCCCCACAAUCAACACCAAUAUUCAGGACGUUAAUCGUUACCUGCUCCGGGACAGGAAUGGAGGUAAACUGUUAGACAUGAAGUCCACCUGGUCUACAGGUUCCGUCUCACACACUCAAGCCUCGCUGUCUAAUGAGAUGUGGAAGAUUCCUGUGGGUGGGCGGAGCUCUGGAACAGUGCCCCGCCCCCCGCCGGGCCUCACUAACAACAAACACAACAACAACUGGACACCUGGGCCGCUGAGCAACAGCUGGAGCCGAAACUAUUCCUCAGAGAGCACUGGUUGGAAUUCCGAGAGCUCCAGCAGGACCAGUAGCUGGCUUGUGUUGCGUAAUCUUACUCCUCAGAUUGAUGGUUCCACUCUGAGGACUCUGUGUAUGCAGCACGGCCCCCUCAUUACGUUCCACCUCAGUCUGCCGCAGGGGAACGCUCUGGUGCGCUACAGCUCCAAGGAGGAAGCAGCUAAAGCUCAGAAAUCCUUGCACAUGUGCGUUCUGGGUAACACCACCAUCUUGGCGGAGUUUGCUGGAGAGGAGGAAGUGACUCGUUUUUUCUCUCAGGCUCAGUCAUUCCCACCCUCCGGCAGCUCCACCCACCCCGCCCUGGGUCAGUGGGGCACGUCGACCACUAAGGGGGGCAGUAACCCAGGGGGCGGAGCUAACGGGGCCGCGGCAGAGCUGUUGUGGGGUGGAGUCCAGCAACCGUAUUCCAGUUUAUGGGGGCCGAUCAGUGGAGAGGAGAGUCGAGUGAUGGGAAGUCCCGUACCCGUGAACACGCUGCUCCCCGGAGACCUGCUGAACGGAGAGAACAUGUAGACCAGCGGGAAACCGAGGGAUUAAAAAAAAAACAACAACAAAUCAGUGUGAGGAUAAUCACUUUCCCUGGAACUGUUUUUAAUUUUGUUUAAAAACUAGAAGUAGAAACAAAAAUAUUAGAAGUAGAUUCACAAACUGGAAACAUUUUACUGAUGUAAAAGAAGUCAGAGUGGACUGAAGCUUUGGAUGAUUUUUUUUUGCUGAAGAAGAGGAGGCAAGGCGGCCAUUUUAAAUCACGAUUUAAAAAAAAAAAAAAAAGAAAGGAAAACCUCACAGCCUUGCUGUCUCCUCACUGUUCCUGCUUUAACCUCUUUACCUUUUCUGUGAUUUUUUUCAGAACUUAUCAGCCUUAAGUGUCUAAUUUUUUUAAACUUUUUUUUUUAAAUAACCUAAAGAACAAUUUAUAUCUUCUGUUUCUGAGCCAACGAUUUGGACGAGGGAAAUGAAAAGGCCAAUCAGACGCAUUUUCCCUCGGAAUUGAAAAAAAAAUGCCAGAGGUACUCUGACCCUUGUAUUGUUAAAAAGGAAGGGUGUGUGUGUGUUUGUGUGUGUGUCUACACGAAGUCGACCAAGAGUUCAUUACGAACCACCGUCUAAAAGAUUCUCGCUGGGAUCCUCGUGUUUCUGUCCUGAACGGAUUUCAGCGAUGAACAUCGGACGUUUUGAAUUAUUUUUUGUUUUCCCCAUGAUCCGAGGAAGAAGAAGAAACUCUGUGUCCGUGUGAUGCGUUGUGCAAUAUAUCCGUCAUGUGCGUCAUCGUCAUCCGCUUAUUCUUCCGUCCUCGAUUUUUUUAUACCUUGAAUCUGUUCUACGUGGGCUUAUGGACUUCUUGCCGGGUUUCUGAUUGGCUGCUCAGCGGCUGUGUCCUAAAUCCACGCACACUUUCUCUCUAAAACAGAGAUUUGAGAUCGCAAGCGGGAAAGACUCGGCUUUCAGGCACAACACCAAAACGAAUAUUUUUCUCCUGAUGCAGUGUAAAAAAAUAAUAAAAUAAAUAAAAUAAAAAGUCUAAUGUUUUUUGGGGAGUUUUAAUAUGAUACGAUAUGAUAAGCACUUAUGGACAGAUGCAGUGAUUAGUUAAACAGAAAAAACAAAAACAUAAACAGAAGAAAAGACUUUAAAAAUUCUGUUUUUGCCGUCUUUGGAGCGACUUUAAAAAGACUGAAUCUACAAUCAGACUGAAACAUACAGAACAUUUUUUUUACACAGCAUUUUUUUUUCUCUUUUUUUCUGGAUUAAAUCGAAAUAUGAAUGUCAUCGUUACUCCAAACUUGUUUAUGGCCUACACUGCGUCCGGAAAAAAGACGCCAGACACAGGGAUUAUUAUCCGGAGCAGUUACAGACCGAGGAGUGGAUCGGAAUGCAGCGGUGAGACAGCAUACUGUGUCGUGUGAUGUCACGGGGUCGGAAUGUUGAGAAGUUGGUGAAGGAAUGGCGUGAUGUUGUGGCAUGUCGAUGCUGUGAUUCCACAAUAAGGCGUCGAUGUUUCUGUGUGAUCGAAAUUCUGCUUUGUCGGAAUACUUUACCGUCACGGUGAUUAACGUUAUCGUGGGAUGUCGGAAUGCUGGGAUGUCACCGUGUCGGAAUGCUGCGAUGAAUGAUGGACAUGAAAGUUCGAAGGCACGUGAUGCUAUAACAGGGAACAGGGGCAUCGCGACGACGGAACCCUGCGCCGUUAUGACGCGGGAUGCCUUGUGACGUCAUGACCGUGGAACACAGCGACGUUGCAAUGUUACACGACAACACGGAAUGUCACGUGACACCUCAGCGUUCUCCGUUUCCUCAGAAACUCCCUACACAUGCCCUAAUGCAUUAUGGGUAUUCUGUAAUGCUAUCCUCCAGCAUUUGGAGACUUGUGUGUUGCAGUGCAUUGUGGGACUUCCCGAGUGUGCCUGCAAAUUAGUGCACAAACUGGACACGAAACGCAGAAUGUGUGUAAUGUGUGUGUUGUUUUUCUUUGUCGCUACGACUAAUCAAAGCCAAAUCGACACCUCGCGCAUCUCCGCACCUUCAGCAGGAAACCCACGAACCUGGAGUCAAAAAAAUUAUUGGAGUUUAUUUGGUUUUUUUUGUUUGUUUUUUUUUAGGGUUUUUUUUUUUCUCCUCGUACUGCACAUUUCUGAAGCCCGUCAGUGUUCAUAUGCACGAACACGUCCUGUCCUGUCCUGUGUAACGAAAAACAAAAAGGAACAAUUCGAAUAAUGAUUGUUUUCUGAUUUGAUGUGAAAAAUCAUUGGUCGUUUUUUUUAUGCGUGUGAAACGUUGUUCCGAAUUCCUUUAAGCAAGCAGUGUUCGGAAUUUUGUGUGUGUGUGUAUGUGUGUCCAUUCUCACAGCUGCUAAACGUCCUCCUCUUCCUCCCUGUUUGCAGCCUCUAUCGUUUUUUCCUCCUCCCCUGUUAGCGAGUAAACGAUAAGCGAGAGUUAAUAAUAGCAGCCGUUACUUGAACCACCUGCUCCGAGGAAUCCUCAGCGUUCCGGAACGGAAUAUGUUUGUUUUUUAUUUCCUUUCAUUUUAGCCGCUAACUUACUCUCGAGCCAGCACAUUAUUUUGUUACUAUGCAAAAUAAGAAAACGCAGACACAUCGACGAGGUGGUGGGCGGUCCUUUAGCGUUGUUGUUGUUGUUUUAUUGUUUUUGUUUUUAAAAAGUGCCAAUCGUGAGGUCAGAGGUCACGUGCACACGACUGUUUCUCUCUGAAUGCUUUUGAUCGAAUCAUCGAAAGCGGUGUUCGGAGUGGAGACACGUGUCAUCCCAGCACUCGUUCAGGGACGUAAACGAGACAAAAUGUAUACGAUAUGCGAAGGUGGUGAGGUUUUAUCCAGAUUCGUAAAUAAGCCUCGCUUGAUCGUAAUGAAGUAAAAAUCAGAAAUGCGAUUGGUGUUUAAGUUACGGUUUGGACAAAAAAAUUUCCACAGCGUCCGCUUCAUCACAGACGUAGCCGAUCAGCCGAGACGUGUUCGGUGUUCGGUGUAGUUUGCGUCUUCACCCAUGAGCUGGAGCUACGAGUCUAAUACACACACACUGCCAGUUCACAUUUCUUGAACACGUGGAUGUAUUUUGUUUUAUUGCAGUUUACAUACUAUGAUAAAUUCACUAAGGAAAAAAGAAAUCUGUAGACGUAAUGCACACACGUUUAUGUGCCAAGUGCCUCGUUAAAGUGAUCCAGAUUGGACUUUUCCUUGUAGAUAUAGAUAAAAAAAUAAAACAUAAAAAAAAAACAAUAAUUUCUCAGUUCACUUAAACCCAUUUCUUACUUAUGAUUUCUCAUUUAAAAUUCUAAUUUCUAUUUUUUUAUUGUAAUUUCUCAAUACUAAUUUAUAACACAAUUUCUGCAUUUAUAAUUCUAUUUCUUUCCUUUAGCAAGUAAAGCAUUAGUGAUCCAAAUGAGAUUUUUUCCAGUUAUAAGCUAGAAUUUUAUUUCCUCAAUAAGAAUAAAAAGUCGCAAACAUUUCUCAGUUUCCCUGAGACCUGUUUCUUACUUAACAGUUUAAUCUCUAAUUAUAAUUUAGAUUUCUAAAUCCACCUCUUCCUUGUUUGCAGCCUCUUUCUUGUGAUUUGUUUAGUUAGCAAGUAAAUAAUUAGAGAUGAUGAUGAUGAUGAUGAUGAUGUAGAUUUAGCGAGAGUUAAUAAUAGCACUCGUUACUUGAACCACCUGCUCAGGAGAAAUCCUCCGUGUUUCGGAAAGCGGAAUCCGUUUUAUUUCAUUUAGCCGCUUAACUUACUCUCGAUCCAGCACAUUGUUUUGUUACUAUGCAAAAUGAGAGAAAUUCCUAAACCUUAUUACUUGCUAAGAUUUCCUAAUUCUAGACUUUUUAACUUGAGCCUGCUUCAUAUUAUCCAGUUGCGUUAUGUUAGCAGCUCUCUAUUUCGUUUAGGUCCCGCCUCCUGGCGACAGAAAAGGGAAUCGUAGCGGAAAGCUGGAAGUGAUGUUUAUUCGAAAUCGUAUUGACGUCUGUCAUCAAUCGCAAUAUUGAAAUAGUGAUUAAUAACCACGAUUUGACACAAUCAGCACUUUAUCAUUUUCGUACAAAAAGAAGCAAAUAAACAGAGUUCUCACGGUCUGCAGUUCUCAAUUACUACAUGGGUUCUAUUGUUCUGAAACCUCUAAACGCAGACCGUUUUACAGUGUUAAACGAAAUCAAACUUCUCUUUUCUUAAGAUGUGCCGGAUUUGAAAAGCACACGUUUCUUCAAAUGUCAGAAUCGUUUCAUUAACAUAAGUUGUGUUGAGUGUUAAAAUCCUUUAAACGACAAGUGAAUGAAAGAAUGAAUAAGUAAACAAACUGCCCCAGGAUGUUCGUAACUAAAUAAAAAACAGAUUGUUCAGCCUUUUCAUUUAAUACGCAAGAGUUCAUUUAAAAAAGUAAAACAAUUCCACCAAUAAGCUAGCCCUGGCUACUUCACUAACAUCACAAUAGAUUAUAAUGAAGCAUUUGAAAAGGCCAAAAUUAGAACCCUUAAGAUGUGUAAUUUAUUAUUUAUUAUAAUUGUCAAGUAUUAAUUUAAUUAAUUAUGAUUUUUUUUUUGUAUCAUCUUGAAAUAGUAAGUAAAGUAAUUUUGCGGCCCUUUUUAGCAGCCUCAUUUGUAAGCAUUCGAUGAAAAUUUGGCUUUAUAUUUUUGGAAAAUACUGGGAGCUUGUAAAAUAACAAACGAAACAAAACAAAAAAACCCCAACUCCAGACAUCGGACUCGUCCUCGGCUGAUUGACGUUUUGGGUAAAUUUUCGAAAUUACUAAACAAAUGGUUAAACCGUCAAAUGAUAAUCGUGUCCUCGCUGUCUUUUUACAGAGCAGGAGCUUUUUCAGCUAAUAGUGCACAGGCUGCGGUUAAAAUCCUGGUACGUUUAAUUUAAAUACCAAAAAAAAAUUAAUAAAUAAAUAUAAAUAUAUAGUAGCUACAUCACUGAUGUAAAUGAUGCUGGUGUUUAAAACUUGCUAAUUGUCUCGCUGAUGUUUCCCUCGUGUUAAACGUCGACUGCAUGCAGGAGUGCCUUCUUCUGUAAAAAGAAGUAUUUAUUUAAGUCAGGCCUGUUUCAAUUCUAUCAUGAAGGGGCGCUCGUUUCUAAGGGAGUAUAUUUGAACAGGUACCGUGACACAUCUUAAACCGAUGAAAGGCGUUGUCUUUUCCGUUUUUUGAGCUCGAUUAAAAAGCGAACUCGCCGUUGCCUGGGUGUGAAACUGCCUUGCUCCAAUCUCAAAACCACAAGUGGACUACGUAAAAGUGUGCACUUCUUCUCGUCACUCCGAAGCCCAGGAAGCUUUCUGAUGACACCAGCAUGAAAUAAACGACAGCUUCACUCGCUCCGCUGGUUCGUUUCUGUGUUUCUGUUAAACCAAAACAUUUCAGCGAAUCCGAGUUUCCGUUCCCCUCGAAGACUAACGCGAGACGAAAUGAGCAAUAUAAUAUUUACACUCAAAUUCUAAAGAGAUAAAACAGGAUAAAUAUUUGAUAAAUACUUGACGAAAUCACCAGAAAAAUAUUUUGCACAUGUUGCUUUUUACUCUACAAGACAAUAACGAUGGGCAUUUCGACUCACUUUACUGAUUCAGUUCCUUUAAACUACCUGUUUAAGUGAAUUAUGAUUGGUUUGCUUUGUGCAUGUUUGAGAAUUAAUUAUUUAAAAUACACACACAUUCAGAUAAUGAGAUUCUCCUUGUUUUAAUGUGCAAAUUUUAAAAACGUAGAAGAAUUGGUUAGUUAGUUAUGUUUACGGAUUACUUUAAAGGAGUCGUUCAGAAAGAAUGAAUCAUUUGGAACAAAAAAAAAAGAAUUGAUUCGUUAGUUAUAUUUGCAGAUCACUUAAAGUAGUUGUUCAGAAGGAAUGAAUCAUUUGGAAGGAAUCACCCAUCACUACACGAUAUGUUUUUAAUUGUGUUUAAAUGUUUUGUGUUUUAAUUCUGUCCAAAUCCCAUUAUAGUGGUUUUUUUUUUUAUUCUUUUAACAUUUUCAGAUGAAAAAAUCUGAAGAAAAAAAUUUUUCAUAAAAAAAAUUAUAUAUAUAAAACAUAUCAGAACAAAACACAAUACUUGAACCAGAGAUUGCCAAUAAUGUAAUGUGAACCAUUGCUUUGUUUUUUUGUUUGUUUAUUUAGGUGUUUGAAUCAGUUUUAAAAUUGAGCAUUAAUCACGUAAAAGAAUCAUUAUUAAUAUCAUUAUUUUUGUUUUCAUUUUUGGCAUUUGUAUGUGAGUGUAUUGUACUGUUUAUUUCUUCAAAACUUAUUAUUAUUAUUAUUUUUUAUUUUUUAUUUUAUUUUUUAUUAAUGUAAUCCAGCCUUGCACUGUUUUCUCGUCACCCACUCCCCUAAAAAAAAAAAAAAAAAAAAAAAAAAAAAAAAAAAAACAAUAGAGAGAAGACGAUUCAUGUGUUAAUGUUUACUCAAGGACUUGUCAUAAUUUUUUUUUCCAUAAAAUGUAUAAAAAAUUAAUGUUUAUCAUGCCGUUCAUUGUUAGCAGGAGUUUUGCACCAUUGAGUUUUAACAAUUAAGUUUAAAAAGAACAAAAAUUUAAAAUAAAAAAAAGAUAAAAACCUAGGAGAGAAAAAGAACAGAAAAAAAAACUUUUUACAAACUCGUAAAAAGGUCGUAAUCAACUGUGCUUUCAAUUGUUGUAAUUUUACUAACGAGCAUUUUUAUUCAUGCAUUUUUUAAAAAUCUGAUUCAUUUUCAGAGGUGCCUACUGUUUUUUUUUUUGUUUGUUUGUUUUUGUUGUAGUUUGUACAAUUUAACAUUUUAUGUUUUUUUAUCCCGUGAUGUUUACAGCAAUCGGUUUAUGAGGUUUUGUUUUCAUCUUCCAUCAAAAAAUAUUUUCUGAACAGUUUUAUUUGCUUUUUCGUUGUUGUUAUUAUUAUUAUUGUUCUUCUUCUUAUUAUUAUUAUAUGCCUUUAUGCGUCUAUGUUGAAUCUCAGUUCUGUGAUUUAAAAAAAAAAAAUUAUUAUUUUUUUCUCGUUUAUAAAAAGGACCUGGCUACUUUUCUCAGGAAGACGAGAGUUCCUGAUUUCCUAAUGUUUUCAUUUUUCUAAUGUUUAACGUUAUCGUGACAAUUUAAAACAAAAAAAGGAAAGAUAUUAAUAGAAAUCCAGCUCUAAGCACUGAAGGAUGUGGAUUUCGGAAUAUCUCCUGUGUUUUAAUCUGUAGCAGAAAAACCAUUUACCAAAUAUUAGGCAUGUAUCGAUUAAUUUUUUUUCAUAUUAUUUCUCGAGGUGGAGUGCUUUACAUUUAAUAUUUUAUAAUUAUGCAUUGCUUUAUGUUCAAAUAUAGUUUUACAUGUGAAGGUAGUAACAGGACCUGUGGUUUUUAUGAUAGUUUUUUUUUUUUCCGUUUUUCUAAACAAGGUCCUGUGGAAAGAGACGCUUCCGUUUUCUGUUCGCCUCCCUAUCGCUUUCUGGAAUUUCCAUUUCCACGUCCAUGCUCUGGGUCAAAACUCUAGUGUUUCUAGUUUUGAGUUUUCAGAAGCAUUUCCCACAGUGAUUUUGCAAAACCUGGACCCUUCAGAUGUCUGGAAAAUUUUAAAGAAAAUUCUAGAGCUCUAGUUUAGGGGAAAACUUGGAAUUCUUCUGAACUUUUCAGAACAAUGCGAAAACCAAGAGAUUCUUGAGCUUGAGUGUUGAAAAACUGGAAACCCCAAAGAUUCUCCAUGUUCCAGAGAUUCACAGGCAACCUGAAAGUUUUUAGAUUUUUCAUUUUAGAAAGCCCGGAGUUUCCAGAGUUGGAAAUGAUGAAAAACCUUGAAACUUCUAUUCCAAUUUUAGUCAAGUUUACAGGCCUGUAGUUUUAAAAAGUCUGGACUCUGUAAAGCUCUGGUUAAGCGUUAGAGUUCCUAGAGCUUUAGAAAUUGUUUGAAUACCAGAACCCAGAAAAAAAAAAUUUCUAGGGCUUUGAUUUUGGAAAGUCUGGACUUUGGAGAGCUGUGGAAUUUCUUUAAAAUCGAAAGUUUCCAAAGCUGUUGUUUUGAAAAGUGUGGAAUUUCUGGAGUCUUAAAGAUGAAACCUAGAAAUGCUAGAGUUCUGAUUUUUGUAAAUCCAGAAGGUCUGGUGUUUUUAGAGCUCUGGCUUUGGAAGAGAGAGAGAGAGAGAGAGAGAGAGAGAGAGAGAGAGAGAGAGAGAGAGAGAGAGAGAGAGAGAGAGAGAGAGAGAGAGGAGGCGAACACGAAUCAUCUUGGAAAGGAUUGUGAAUCUAUGCACAAACUGGAGGGGGAAUAAAGACCAGAUCUGGCGUCGGGGUGGGGGGGUGUUGAUGGGAUCAUUUCACUGUAAUGAGUUUAGAUGUAGAAUUUUCUCAUCCUCUGUAUUGAAGAUUUUUUUCCUCACUGAUUAAAACUAAGCACUGUGGACUUUCCUGGAAGAGUCUGAGACCUUCAGGGGGGUGUGGACUCUCCAAAACGGGGAUUUGCAUUGCUGUCUUUUGUUUAUAAAUGUUAAAAAUCAUGGCUGUACCGGGAUUCAGAAAUGUUUCUGGCUUUUAAACGCGCCUCGUUCUCCUUGUAGAAUGUGAUUUGUUCAUAACUUGCAGCGGAGAAACAAUAUUUCCAUGAGGUUUGAGGAUUUUCUCUGCCUGUAUUAAUAAAAAGUGACGGUUUUGUCUCGU